AUGUAUUGCAUUCUAUGUUUUACGGAGAUCGACAAAAGUAAAUGUUGGGACUUUAAUUUGGUAGAAGGGAAGGGGAACUUUAACGUGAAGGAAGCACUGGAACUCUUGGAGGAUGUUGUGAUUCCAUGCACCCCAAAGUCAUAUGUCUGUAGGGUUUGUCUUCGUAUUUUAAAACGCAUUCAUUGUUCUCGAAUGAAAGUAACUGAAUUGCAGAAUGAAGUUGUUGAGAGAUACAAAUCCGAAGCUUUGAAACGUGGAUUUGCAGUUAAGGAAAAAUCUUAUAAAAGAGCACUCUUCGCUGAUGGUUUUACUGGUGAAGAAAAUGCUGAACCACGCCCCGCAAAAUCAGCUGUUUCUGAGAGUCAGUUCAAGGCACUCCGUCACAGUUUUUCGUUACAGCAAUCGUUUGCCACUACAAGCACACCAAUAAAAUCUUCUGGAAAAAAUAGAAAUAACUCUUACGCAACUCCAUCUGUGGUUACACCUGAAGAUGGAACUAGUGCAUCAGAUAAAUCUAGACCGACUGUUCUUGUAAAGGUUUCUUGGAAAUCAUGUGCAAAGAAGAAGAAUUUGCCUGACGACCUCAUAUCAGUUGGUUCUAUGCUCUGCCGUGGAACAUACAAGCAGUUAGCUGGCUCUGUGUGGCGCCAUCAAAAAUUGCGAGCUCACUUGAUUGAACUGUUUUUAAAAGAGAUUGACAAGGAGUGCGUAAAACUGUGUGUUGCUAAGGAAAAGCCUGACAAAUCAAAUCGUGCUUUGAAGAUUUCAAAAGAAAAACCUGACUGUAAGAAAGCCUCUGAAGCAGCCAGCUCCCUUAGACUUACUGACAAGGAAGCCAUUUGUAACUUCUCUCUUGAAGGCCUGGACAAAGAGCUGCAAGAGAGAGCCCCUCUAACAAGAUCCAUGCUGAUGACAGUCAGUUGGUGUAAAAGUAAAAAGAAGGGUGAUGAUCUCUUUUUUACUCCAGCUGUCUGUAUGGCAGCAGCUGUUUGCCUGAAAAACAGAUCCAGACGUAUGACGGCAGUACAACUGAUCAUUUCAUUGAUUCUGAAACAUUCUGGAUUCAUGGCUACACUCACACGGCUCAGUUCCUUACGGCUUGCUGUUUCACAUACUUACUUGUACCGAAAACUGGAUGAAUUUGGAAAAGAUCACCUUUCUGAUAUAGAUAGGAAAGUUUCCAUUGAUGGAAAAUCCCUCUGUGGUUUUCAGCCUGCUACAUCUGCAAGAACUACAGUUGCACAUGCCCCCGCAAGUGAUGGUCGUCAGAUUGUUAUUGAUAACUUCAAUUACACAUCUGCUCCACAUGAAAUGACAGAAGAGCGCCAGAACACAGUAGUUAACUGGGUUGGAGCAAUGGUAGUUGAGAACAGAGUAUCAGGAAACCAGCUCAGUAGUGAAAAACCCGAUAUUUCACAAUUAAUACAAAUGGAUAAUGCCCUUUUCCUGCCAAGCGCCAUUGACCAUAGAAAGCAGCGAGACAACUACAUCAAAUUGUGUGGUAGGAUUGCUGUGAAACAUAUAUCAUGUCUGGAAAACUUUACUGAUUGUGUUAAUCAUCACAUAAAACAUCAGUAUAGUUCAUUGAUGUCCAAUCCUACCAAGAGUAUUUUUGCAGAAAUGAUAUAUGAAAAUGAAAACGAUUCAAGUGGCAUGCAGGCAGUAAUGACACAUCUUCACAAGACAUUUGUGCCCUGUGAUGACAAAGAUGAUCCAAAGAUUUUUGGGCAGCAAGGCAUUGUUGGUGAUCAGCUUACUGUGGAACGUGGAAUAAAUGCCUUGCUGCAACUUGAGAAUGGAUUUACUGCCAGUGAUAGAUUGGAAGGGCUGCACCUGGAGGUUGCUGACUUUCAUGGAGGAAUGAAAUUUCUGCAAGUGGUCUUUGACAAUUUCUAUGACCCUAAAUCAGCAAAUGACAAAUGCACCAUGUUUUCAGACAAAGUCAUUAUAAACAGGCGCAAUGUUAAUACAGAUGUUAGCCGGAAAGUUGAUGGUUGCAAGCAAUUUUUUCUUCUUGAAAUUCAUGCAAGAAUUGUUGCUGCUUAUUGUGAAAUUCUUAAAAUCAACUCCCCAAAGGAGGCAUCAUCUUGUGUGGAGGAUAUUUCCAAAUUGAGCCAAAGAGAAAAAGAAGAGUUCUUGAACAGAGUUUCUGCUGAGGUUGUAGACAGUUUUAUUGUCCAGGAAAGCAGAAACAACAUUUUGGAGAAACGCCAGACAUAUGAAGAUUGGCUCAACGAGACAAAUUUGAUCAACGCGCAUGGUCUGUUUGUUUGUCGGCAGAAAGGUUGUCAUGCUACUUUUAAAUUUGAUGGUGUCAGGCGCAUGCAGCAUGAGAAAGCUCACGGUUUACAUAAGGCUAAUGCAACAAGUCAUAAAGAAAAACUGCAAGAUGAUGUUUUCAAUUACCAGUGUGCUUUACUUGACAUUGGAAUGGUAAUUACAAAUUUUUUUGAUGCUAUUUCAGAAGGUGAUGGACAACGAGUCAUACGUUGUUGGAAAUUCAUGUUGCUGUUCCUGAGAAAUGAUGGAGCCCGCAGCAGGAAAUAUGCCCUUGAAGCACUUUAUUUGCUGUGCCAGGUCAAUGCACUUUUGUCACCAAGAGAUGCACAUCGUCUGAUUUGGAACCGUUUUCACAAAAACAAACCGGGAAAUGGUGGAAACAUACCUCUGGACCUUGCAUUAGAGCAUUACAACAAUCUUUUGAAGAAUGUUGUUAGAAAUCUUGGUCCCAAUUCCACCAAUAGAGCAGUGAUUAAUCGAUUUUGUAAAUCACUUUCUGUUGUGAAGAAGCUGAUGUACAGCUUUGACUCAAGCUGCCAAGUGAUAAAAGGUUCUGGGAGGCAUGUCCAAGCAUCAAUUGACAAUGAUCUGAACAAGAUUGUUGCCAAUUUGAUUAAGCACAAGGCAUUGAAGCCUGAAGCAGGAAGAAAAUUGGUAGCAUUUGCAGAUGUUAGGCCAAGCUUGUUAGAGGAAUUUAAUGUUCACGAAAUGUACAAGUGGAUUAAAGAGCACAAGGAGUAUUUCAGACUUCAAAAGGCUGCCAGAUAGGUAAAGAAUGGUUCAGUUAUAUUCAAAUAUUAACAUAUCAAUAUGAAUAGCAUUAUCAAGAGAAGAAUGAACAAUCAAUUCAUGUUUUGGAUGGGUAUUUUUCAGUAUAAAAGUUUUAUUUUUGUAUAUAUCAUCUAUUAAUCUUUGUACCUAAAAAUUGUCUUAAUGUCUACUAAUUGCAAAGCAAACAAAACUUCACCCUGCUUUAUCACUGUAAACACAAUUUUUAGUAUUUUCUAAUAUAUAUAUAUAAAAGGAACUGUUAUUUUUCUAUUGUUUUCACUUUUGUGUUGAAACAAUUUAAUCACCCUCCAAUGAAAAAAGUGAAAUAAAAGCAUGUAUAGCCUACAUACAGUACUUAACACUCUAUGGCAGACCAUGAAGCAGCAAUCUUUAAGGAUUACUCUCAAAACUAGAUGAUGGUCUAGAAAAAGAUUAAAAUGCUUGGUCAUAUUACUUUUGUCCCUUAUAAUUAAUUAUUUUCGCACUCUCUUUCAUUAAACUUGUUUUUGCACCAAUUUUUACGUUGCCUCCCCUUUUCCCAUCAUGUAAUAUACAUUCCAUGAGAACAACUAAAUACUAUUUCAAUGUUCACAUUUCCAUUGGUUCCACUUCCUCAUCAAUUGUUGGUUUUAUAUUCUCAUAGUUCAGAAUAUCACUUAAUGAUUGAUUGAUGGGUCCAGAUUUGUCCAGUGCCUCCAUUCCUGCAGCCAUAUCUUGAAGCUGAUCUGUAUCAUCUAGAAUAUCAAUUUCACUGUCAUCUCUUACUGCUAACCAAGUAUCUUCUAGUUCAUCUUCAGCAUCUUCUGUUGCUAGGUUUCUUGCUUCAUGUAACUCAUCUGGUGGUAGGUCACCAAAUACAUCACUAACAGCAAGAAGAAUUUUGACUGCAUGCUUCAUUCGCCAAAUUUCGACAACAGCGAAUACAUCAUCUAAUGUGAAGAGAUGAUCACAAUGUCUCAAAACCUGCCAAAUAUGGAAAUCUGUAAACUCUAAACAGAUACUUGGGAAUGAAACUGAUACAUGUGGAAUUGAUUGUCUGUGUGUGUUUUUGUAUUCAGUCAAUUUUACCUUUAAAUUAUCCUUUUCUUCCUGUGAAACAGAUCUCUUUCUUUCACAUAUCUGUGCUUUAUUUGAUGGCCUGUUGAAUUCUAAUGUCCCACAUUUUUUCUGAACUAAUGAUGGACAACUACAGUUUUUCAAACACACAUCACAACAAUCACCAGGUGCUACUGCACCAUGUGGACCAGGAAAACUAUCCUGAAGAAACUUUCUUCUGCAUCCAUCAGCAACAACAUACUGCUUCAUUUCUGACUGACAGUGGCUUGUUAAAAAGCCAUUAUAUAACAAAUAGCAAUGACUUUGCUUACUAUCCCUUCCUGCCCGUCCACAUUCCUGAAGAUAUGACUCAACAGUUUUUGCUGGCCCAAAAUGGAUUAUUCUAUGCACAUUUUUACAAUCAACUCCCAUUCCAAAAGCCACUGUUACAAUUAUUAUUCUCAAAUGGCUGUCCUCUUUAUUAAUUUCUUUGAGAAUGUGAUCCUUGACUGAUGCUGGUGUUCCAGCAUGAAACAUUUCAAUUAGCCUUGCAGUUGGUAUGCAUGAAUCACCAUUAUAAAAUUUGUCAGCCAACACAAUUUCAAACAUUUUCCAAAUCAAAGCACAUUGAUUUCUAGUUUGACAAAACAUAAUUGUUCUUUUUGUAUCAACACCAUAGUUCUUCACUUCAUCAAUGACUUCAGAAAAAAUAACCUGCAAUUUUGUGUCAUUGCCUAUG